UGCCCAUUUUUUAAGUAAUUAAAUAACAACCACUGAAAAGAAAUCUUCCAAACGUUUUAAGAUGUACUUUGGUCUUGUGUCUCUCUCGUUGUGUGUAUACAACAAAAAGUUUGACAGUUUCCAACUCACCACGAUGUCAAAAGGCGCGAUAAUAUACUCUACACACUGAAAUACUCUACACACCAUGCACAAGCACAGCGGUUGCUUUGAAUAUAUUGGAUUGAAUCAACUAAUUUUGCAUGAAAUGAUAUUCAUUUAUUUUCAAAUUGGAAAAAAUAUUCACCGCUAGAUAUUUCGUGAAUCGUGUGACACCCAACUAGAAUAUCUAUAAUGUUGACGUUUGACUGAAAUAUUAGAGCCGAACAUGAACAGACGUGUUCCAAACGGCAUAUCAACGAUGUCUAUAUGUCCAAGCAUGUUCGAUUUUGUAUGCUACUCGUUUGUUCACACGGCGCUCUGCACUGACUUUCACAUACAAGCUGUGUGUUCAAUACGUUUGCUUGCAGUGUUGAAACUCAAUCAGUGUUCCGCGUUCAGUCAAUAUGGUUUCCAGCUAAGUCUUAUCGUGUCAAGUGAAAUCGAAUUAGAGAAAUUUUCCUCCAUUUGAAAUACUCACAUUAAAAAAAGAUUCUUUCCUUCGUUUUCUUCCGAAAAUGUGACAAAUUCGUGUUUUUUUUUCAAGCCCGAAUAUCAAUUUGUGUUCAUUUUUUGAAUUUCAUCAUCGAGUCUUGCCUUCGCAAAAUGGCCGAGAAUCUACCAUACACAGUGAAAAAUUCAGAUGGUCAACAAAAUUGCGUACGAUGCAACAAAACCAUCAAAGCGACGUCAUUGCAAUUGGGUGAAAUUACUCAGUCUGAAAAACAAGACGCAAAAAUACCAAAGUGGUACGACAUCGAUUGUUUUUUCAAAAAAGUACGACCAGCCUCCGAAAAUCUCUUCAAUCAUUUCGCCAUUCUCCAUAACACAGAGAAAAAUCAGAUCCGAAAGCGAAUCGCAAAUGGCAACGCAAAAGGCAAGAAAGGAGUGAAGCGGGCGGCAGUGAAUGUUUCGCCAGUUCCAUCGGAACUACCGUCCAUCAAGGACUUUUCAGUUCAGUAUUCUCAAUCUGGCAAAAAUGUGUGCAGCGGUUGUAUUGAGCCAAUUGCAAAAGGCAAAAUAGAAACCAAAAAGGUUGUCAAGGCAACUGGUUCGGCAGACAUAAGUGUUUGGUACCAUUUGGAGUGCUUUACGAAGCAUUCGUCUAAACUUGGUUGGAAUGGUCCAUCGACAAAUUUGCCCGGAUUCCAGAAAUUGAAUAAAAAAGACAGGGAAAAGCUGAAGAAAAAAAUGGGAUCAAAGGAAGAAAACAACAAUGAGCCACCUAACAAGAAACUGAAAACCGGGUCGCUGGACGACGUUAACGCUAUCAUUGAGCAAAAUAUCACAAAACAGAAUAAACAGAUUCAUGAUUGGAAAGAAAAUCUUGAGAAGAAUCUCAAGCCACAGGAGCUGAUUGCAAUUUUGCAAGCGAACAAUCAAUUUGUGCCGAAGGAAAAUGCAGAGAUUUUAAUGCACACAGCGGAUAUUCUAUAUUUUGGAGCAUUGCAACCGUGUGAUAAGUGCAAGGAUGGCAAAUUCAUCUUUGGGAAUUCGUCGUACAAAUGCACGGGCAACUAUUCGGACUUUACUAAGUGCAAUAACGAGCUUAAGGUGCCAAUACGGUUUGCUGUCAAAAUACCGCAACAAAUCCAAAACACACACCACUUCUUGAAGCAGAAUUUCAACGUAGAGAUUCGUGCAAUCAAAAUUAUUCCAGACAAUUUGCUGAUGAACAGUGACAAACCGCUAUUCGACAUGGAGUUUGCCAUCACCGGAAACUUUGGCAAGAAGUCCAAGGAAAUCAGGAGUACCAUUCAAAAGUUAGGUGGUACAGUGGCCCCAUUAUUCCUGAGUAAAGAGAAAACAGCCGCUGUGAUUUCAAAGGUGGAAGAGGUGCAGAAAGAUGAAAAGGAUAUGCUGCCACUAAUGAAAGUGGCGAAGCAACUGGGCAUCCAGGUCGUACCUGAAGAUUAUUUGGACGCAGUCAAGACAGCCGAUCCAUUUAUGUUGAUAAAAGAGAAGAAUUUAAGCACAUGGGACUGCAUUGAUCCUUCUAAGCGUAUAGCGCGAAACGGUGUGAUCGUGUCAAAAUCCGACAGUUUUUAUGAUGAAACACCAUCCAAAGUUCAAAAAUGGAAGAAUGGAGUGGCUGUUGAUGAAGAGUGUGACUUGGAAAAUACUCAUGUUUAUUUUGGACUUGCUCAAAAUUCUGCAAUGUUAUUCAUUGCGUCGAUGACAUUGGUAGACAUUGGGCAAAACAAGAAUUCGUACUGUCGAUUGUCGUUGAUCGAGUCGGACGAUAAGAAUAGCUAUUGGAUUUGUGAAAAACAGGGGCGAAUCUCAACGAAAAUUGGCGAUACAAAACAGAAGUUGUAUAAAAAUGUAAAUUCUGCAGUGGAGGCAUUCAAAGAGCGCUAUCAGGAAUUGACUGGGAACAAUUUUGGCGAGCGCGAAUUCGUAAAGAAGCCCGAGAAAUUUCAACUAAUGGACAUCGUUUACGACAAACGAACCCAAGUUCUGAACCACUUAGUUGAAUCUCAGCUGAACAAAUCGGUGUACCAAGUAAUGAAAUUGAUUUGCGAUGAAAAGGCCAUGAAGCAAACCAUGCUUCGCUUCAACAUUGACACAGACCAAAUGCCGAUGGGCAAAAUCAGCAAGAGUCAAAUCAAUGUUGCAGCGAAGGCUCUCAAACAGCUGUCGCGCAUUGUGGAAAGUGAUUUUGUCAGACUGGAGAGUGAUUUUAUUGAGGCAUCAAAUCGAUUUUACACCAUGAUCCCGCAUAAAUUCAUUCAAAAGCGACCGCCCAUCAUAAACACAACCGAAAUGAUUGCAUCGAAAAUGGAGAUGCUGGAACGUCUACGCGAGAUUGAGUUCACGUACAGUUUGCUGAACGACACCGACAACAUGCAAAAUCCGCUAGACCAUCUAUAUCAUAAACUGAACGCAGACAUCUCUCCGCUGGACCGCAAUUCGAUUGAGUAUGGCCAAAUCAUGACAUACGUUGAGCAAACACAUGACCCCGAUUACCAUGAAGAUAAAAUUGAAGUGCUAGACGUUCUUGAAGUCGUUCGGCAUGGUGAGGAGAGUCGUUUCGAGCCAUUCAAAAAUUUCAAGAAUCGUACAUUGCUCUGGCACGGAUCUUCCUUGACAAAUUUCGUUGGAAUACUUUCCACUGGUUUGAAACUUGCACCACCGGAUGUAAUAAUUCAUGGCAAAGCGUUCGGAAAUGGUAUUUAUUUUGCGGAUGCUGUCGCUAAGUCGUCGCAUUACUGCAAUACAUCGGAAGAAAAUGAGGCAUUGCUGCUAUUGUGUGAAGUUGCACUUGGAGACAUCUAUGAAGCUUACGACUUUAACUCAUGCCUGAUGGGCCCACCAAACGGAAAGCAUUCAGUGAAAGGCAUUGGUUCGGGAUAUUCACGAUCCAAAAUUACUCGUGCCGAUGGUGUUCUGGUCCCAUAUGGACCUGUGGUUUUUGGUGAUGAAUACGAAACCGAUUUAGAUUUCAACGAAUACAUUGUGUACGAUGAAGCCCAAGUCAAAAUUCGCUACCUGGUCAAAGUUAAAAUUACAUCAUUCGAUGAUUGUGAUGAUGAUCAUGGUUCAUGUUGUAGCUGUAGCGCCUGUGCAACUGACAUCGACGUUUGUUCUUCUGGCGAAGAUACUAUCAUUGAAAUAAGCGACUAAGAUAUCUAUUUAUUCCAUAAAAAAACAUUUUUUCUACAAUAUUUUGUACGUUUUUGUACGUUGUUUUGUACGUUGUUUUGUACGCAUUUUUCUUGAACACGUUUUCUAAAAUUCAAAAAUUUAUUGCAUUGAAUUUGAAUAAAAAUGCAGUCAAACAAUAGAUUUAAAAGGAA